AUGUCCGAUGAUAGCAUCGAGUUCCCGACUGAGCCGGGGAUUGCAGAGUCACAAUUUACCCAGCACGACCUGCAGCUCCUGGCACAAUCAUCGCCAGAAUCGCCCCUGCGAGUUGUCGCACUAAUCGACUACGACUCGUUUUAUGCCCAGUAUGAAUCUGUGAGGCUAGGUCUUCCCCCUUCCAAACCCCUCGCAGUACGACAAUGGAACGCCAUCAUCGCGUUAAACUACGCAGCCAAGGAGCGCGGGCUUAAGAGAACCAUCUCGGCAGAGGAAGCGUGCCGACUUUGCCCAGACAUCGUCCUUCAGCAUGUCCCGACUUGGAGGGAAGGAGAUGACUCCUGGAGGUACAGGACCGACGUGUUGGAUCAUUUGAAGACGGACAAGGCCUCCCUGGAUCCGUAUCGCCACAUGUCGAGAAGGACUAUCCAGCUCGUCCGGAAGAUCUUGCCGGUCAAGCCUGCGCCUACAAUCGAGAGAGCCGGUGUGGAUGAGUUCUAUCUGGACCUCUCAGCUCAGGUUCACCAGAUGCUAACGGAACGGUUCCCUGUCUUGGAAUCGCUCAGCAACAACCCUGAACAGAGUUUACCAUUGCCCCUGGUGGACACAUCACUCAACUGGAAGUCCGAUAAGGUGAUGAGUCCUCCACAUACUCGUGAUCCUGAAUUCACCCUUGAUUGGGACGACAUAGUUCUGAGCAUUGGAGCUGGCAUUGUUCGCAAUAUCCGCAAAGAGAUCCAGGCGGAAAUGCAACUCACCACUUCUGCCGGCAUCAGUCACAACAAGAUGCUCGCCAAGGUCGCUUCACGGAUGAACAAGCCAGCCGGCCAAACGAUCAUCAGGCGCAAAUCCAUCCCCGUCAUUAUGCCGACUCUCAAAGCCACCUCGCUUUCCGGCCUGGGAGGGCAGCUUGGUCAGAGAAUCGCCAAAACUUUUGGUUCUGAUGGCAUACGAGAUCUCCUUCAAGUCUCUCUUUCAGAAAUGAGGUCAGAAUUGGGAUCCGAUGAUGGUCAAUGGGUGUUUAGGGCGAUCAGAGGCGAGGAAACAGGCCCAGUAAGGCCCCGGAGUGAAGUUCAGUCUCUGUUGGCUGCGAAGACCUUUGUACCACGAGCGGAAAAUCUUCAACAAGCCAGUAAAUGGCUUCAGAUCUUCGCCGCAGAUCUUGAGUCGCGACUCCAUGACCUCGAUCUAGACUCCGAGGUUCCUCGAAGACCCAAGACCAUUGCCGUUCACCACCAUAUCCGGGGACGGUUCGGCCCGACACGAUCCAAGCAAGCCCCGAUCCCACCACAACUUGAGAUCAACCGGAAUACCAUAUUCAACAUGUUGCAUGAACUACUCAAGGAUCUAACAAGCCAUGGGGAGUCUUGGCCGUGCUUGGGUAUAUCCGUCAGCAUGUCGAAUCUGGAUUCCGGGAUGCCCACAACUGAUGCCGGGCAGCGCAUCACGUCCUUCUUUUCCUCUAGCACCUCUACAACUCCUCGCAAACGAAAUAGAGAAGGAGACACGACUAUUAUGCCUGCGGACUAUAAGAGGGUGCAUGUCGCUGGCCAAUCCACCGACGACCCAGAAUCCGCGAGAUUAGCUACUGCAACUACCUCACCCAGAGCUGUCGAAGGUGGCUUAGAGGACGAGCAAGGGCAGCACUACUUGUGUCCGAAAUGUAGCGAGUCUGUACAGCCCCAAGAAGUACUUGAACAUCUGGACUGGCAUAUCGCAGUGGAGCUUCAGAAUGAAGAGAGCUGA